CCCGGCCCGGCUCGGCCCCUUCCCCUUCCCGGCCCGGUUUCGGUUUCGUUUCUGCGGCGGGGCGGAGCGGGGCGGAGCGGAGCGGGAUGGCGGCGGGCGCGGGGGAGCUGGAGGUGCGCGGUGCCCCCCCGGAGCUGCCCGAGGAGCUGCUGCUGCUCUACUUCGAGAGCCGCCGCCGCUCGGGGGGGGGCCCCGUGCGGAGCUGCCGCCGCUGCGGCCCCUGCCUGCUGCUGGCCUUCGAGAACCCCGAGGACGCGCAGCGCGUGCUGGGCCGGGAGCGGCACCGGCUGGGGGGCGCCGAGCUGCGGGUGCGGGCGGCCGCCCCCUGGGACCCCCGCGCGGUCCUGCUGCGGGGCCUCGGCCCGCGCCGCCCCCCCGGCCUCCUGCAGCUCUUCGCCGAGAGCGUCCUGCGCCGCGACGCCGCCGCCUUCCGCCUCCACCUCGGGCUCGGCCCCGCGCGGGACCUGGCGCUGGUGCAGCUCCUGGAGCCGCUCGGCGAAGACGAGUUCGCGGCGGUGGAGGAGCGCGUGCGGCGCCGGGGGCUGGAGGGGGCGGCCGUGGCCGCGGAGCGGGUGCCGCGGACGGACGCCGUGGUGGUGCGCGCCGCCGCCCCCGGGGCGCUGAGCCGCGACCUGCUCGAGCUCUACUUCGAGAACCGGAGGAGCGGCGGCGGCAGCGUGCGCGAGGCCCGGGUGCUGCCGGGGCGCAGCCUGGCCGUCGUCUCCUUCCAGGACGCGGCAGCCGCGGAGCGGGUGCUGCGGCAGCCCCACCGGCUGCGGGACGUGGAGCUGGAGGUGUCGCCGUACUACGAGUUCCUGGAGCCGCUGCGGGAGGCAGAGCCGGCCGGCGCCGCGGAGCUCGGCGUGCCCGUCGCGGAGCCGGCGAAGCUGCCGCUGCUGGAGCUGAGCCCGGUCCUGCGGGAGCUGCACGCCGCCUUCCCCGGGCUGGCCCUGCGCACGGAGGGCGGCCGCGCCUGCGUCUCCGGCGGGGACGCGGGCCGCCUCGCGGAGGCGCGGCGGUGGCUGCAGGAGCAGCUGGACGGGGCGGUCCGGGAGCCGCUGCCCUUCCCGGCGCAGACCCUGCGCUUGCUGCGGCGCGAGGACGUCCGCGAGCGGCUCGGGCAGCUCCUGGCCGCCCGGGGCGUGCCGGCCUGCUACGCCGUGGCGGAGGGCGAGGUGGUGGUCACGGCGCUGAGCCCCGGCGCCGUGCAGGACACCAUCUGCCUGCUGCACUCGGCCCUCAGCCCCUUCUGCCUGGAGCUGUCGGAGCGGGAGCUGCCGGCGCUCGGCUCGCCGCGCUGGGCGCAGCUGCAGGAGCGGCUGCGCUGCUGCGACGUGCGGCUCGACCCGGGCACGGGCCGCCUGCAGGGCCUCACCCUGCACGGCCUGGAGCAGGAGAACAGGGAGAAGCUGCAGGCCUUCCUGCGGGACGCGGCGCAGGACGAGGCGCUGGUGCCGCUGGAGCCGGGCGUGCUGCGCUACCUGCAGCGGCACUACCGGGACCUGCUGGCCGGCAUCGCCGAGGUCUCCCUGCUGCCGCUGGAAGGCUCGGACGUCACCGGCUUCCGGCUGAGCGGGGAGGCGGGCGCCUGCCGCGCGGCUGCCGACUUCCUGCAGAGCCUCCUGGGCACCGUCGGCUCGCAGACGGUGACGCUGCGGCUCCCCGGCGUCGCCCGCUUCCUCCUGGACGAGCGCGGGCAGAGCCUCCUCGGCGAGCUGGAGAGGCGCUUCCAGUGCGUCGUCGACCUGGGCGAGGUGGCCUGGAGCCCGCCGGACACCCAGCCCGAGCUGGCCGAGCUGCUCCCCGAGAGCGGCCCCGGGGGCCGGGAGCUGCCUGACGGCACGGACGGGGACGACCGUGCCCCUGACAUGGAGGAGAUCAAGGAGCUGCUGGCGGCCCUGCGCACCGAGGACGCCGGCAGAGCCGCGGGCGACGGGGAGCCGCCACCGCCUGCCCUCGACGAGGCCGCUCCGGGCCAGAGCGAGGUCGCCUCCGACGGCAAGGAGGAUCCGUGCUCCGAGCCCGGCUCGGCGGUGCCGGCGGAGCCGCGGGGCCUGGCCGACGGGGGCGACGCCGCGGACCCACGCGCUGCCGGGCCAGGGGACCGCGAGGAGGAGGAGGCAGCGAUGCUGCUGGCUAUCCAGCGGUCCAUGGAGAGCACGCGGCGCGAGGAGGAGGAGCUGCAGCGCGCCACCCUGCUCUCCCUGCGCUCCUACGAGCAGGAGCGGCAGGCUGCCCCCGCCGAGGACCCCGGCCUCCGCGCCGCCCUGGAGGCCUCCCUGGAGGAGGCCCUGCCGGCGGCGGACGCGGCCCGGGUGACGCUGUACGCGGCCUUCGAGCGGGACGUGAGCGCGCUGCCCCGGGAGCUGGAGCAGGCGCUGCAGGCGCGGCUGCGCGCCGAGGAGGUGCAGAGCCCGCGGCUGCGGGCGCUGCCGGCCGCCUGCCGCCGCUACCUGGCCCACCUGCAGCGCGCCCACGCCGUGCGCCUCCGCCUGCGCGGCGGCACGGCCACGCUGCACGGCUUCGCCGAGUACACCGCCGGCGCCGCCCGCGACCUCUGCCUGCUCCUGGCCCGGCUGCCGCCGGCGGAGCCGCCCCCGCCGGGCUCGGCGUGCUGGGUGCGCUGGGACGACGCCGGCACCGCCGUGCCCUACGGCGCCCCAGCCGCCACGCUGCUGGAGUGGGCCUGGCGCCGGCGGCGGAGGCGGCUGGACGUGCUCUUCGACGGGCAGCCCUUCGCCGUCGACCUGGAGCGCAUGGAGGAGUACGACGUCGGCGCCGCCCGCGCCCUCGCCAUCUCCCGCAGCGAGCCGCCGGCCGGCCUCCUGGGGGCGGAGGAGCUGGGCCUGGACGAGGAGGUGAGGCUGGUGCCGCUGGCGGAGGACUCGGAGGAGUUCUGCGAGGCCGUGCGCCACUUCUGCGCCACCCUGGAGGACCUGCGCGACGAGAUCCGCGUGGUGAAGGUGGGGAAGCUGAUCCACCCGCUGCUCUACAAGCAGUACCAGCUGAAGAAGGCCUGCGUGGAGAAGACGUGCCGCGCCCGCAGCGCGGAGCAGGUGCUCUUCCACGGCACCACGGAGCAGUCCAGCCGCGAGAUCUGCCUGCACGGCUUCAACCGCAGCUUCUGCGGCAAGAACGCCACCCGCUACGGGCUCGGCGUGUACUUCGCGGCGAAGGCGGUGAUCUCGGUGCAGGACAAGUACUCGCCCUGCGGCGCCGACGGCAGCAAGUACGUCUUCAUGGCCAAAGUGCUGACCGGCGACUACGCGGCCGGCGGGAAGGACCUGCGGGCGCCGCCGCUCAGGGAGGCGUCCGAGGCGCCGCGGCGCUACGACAGCGUCGUGGACGACCCCAGGAGGCCGAGCAUCUUCGUCAUCUUCAACGACACGCAGGCCUACCCGCAGUACCUCAUCGCCUGCCAGCGCGCCAAGCCCCCGGCCUGAGCAGGGCCGCCCGCCCCCGGGCUCGGCGGGGCGCUCCCGGCUCUGCUUCCUGCGCGCCCCCGGCCUGGGGCUGCCGCAGCCCCUCGCCCCGGCGUCGAGCCUCCUGGCGCAGCGCGGCGGGGGCGCCCGCGGCUCGCACGUGCAACAGAAACGGAGUUGGGAAUAAAGGGUUUGAGCGUC